GUGGUUGUUGAUGAUUUAUUGUGAAUUAAUAUUUAAAUUUUGAUAAUAAUUAUUAAUUAAUAAUAAUAAAUAUCAUUGGAUAUUUAUUUAUAGGCAAAAUUGUCUUCAGCUGUUUAGAAAAUUAUAAUGAAGAUUAAUCAUUGGCAUUUAAUCUUUUGUAUUUUCAAAAUUUUAGUCACUUCAGCCAUGGAUAUUGAAAUUAAAAAUGCAGGAGACAUUGUUUCAAUAUCGGAAGGAGGAAUUUUAAGUACCACAAAGGAACCAGAUAAUAAAUUAACAACUUCUGUUUUACAUUAUUUAAUUAAUAAUGAACAAAAAAAAGUUAGACGCUGGAAAAGAAAGUCUCCUUUGAGUAAAAGGAUGCACCGAGUUAAAAGACGUCAUCAUUCGCUAGCAUCAUUUCCAAAAGAGGGAUCUGUUUUAUCAUUUUCUUUUAAUUCCAAAGAGAUGAAAAGACAUUCAGAAAAUGAUACUUUACAAACUAUGAUUAAUCUUACCCAAGAAUUGAUCAACUUUAAUAAAAUUUCAAGCUCUUUGUUAUCACAAUUGCCCGCAGUAGGUAUUCAUAAUAAUAAUUCAAACACGUCUGAAUUGAUGAUGAGUAAAAAUACUAAAGAAGGAAAAGAUAAAAGUCUUGAUAAUAAUACAAACAAUCCAGAAUCUCCAGUAAAAAUAGAGAUACCAAUAACUUGCACCAAAUCAAAGAAUUCAAGCUCUCAUGCAUGUAACCAACACUCUUCAAAUCUUAAUGGUUCAUUGAUCAACAUUGAGCUGUCAUCGUCUGCAAAGAAUAUCCCUGUCCAGAACAAGCUGUUGGCUUUGUCCACAGCCUUUAAUGCAUCAGCAAACAUCCAACAUCAAUCAAUGUCUACUCAUGCAAGUCUCAAGAGCACAACAAAGUCGUCAACUUUAACGAAAAGGCGAGUUCCUAAGUUUCUACAAGGAACAAACAAUGACACUACUCAAACUAGUUUACUUAUUAUUGAUGGCUUUGGAGUUUUUGACCAUGGUGUAGAAGAUAUUCCCGUUAUUCCUGAGCAUGUCGAUAAUAUCAAAACACGAGUCCCUCCUGCUUUUGAUAUUUUUGGAAACAAUAAAAAUGCCCGAUGGCCAGAUGAUGAAUGGAAGCAAUGGAAUUAUUGGAAUGUCGAAUCAGAAAAAUUGGAGAAAGCUCCAGAACUGUUUCAUGAUCAACACUUACUAUGGGCACCAAGAGAUAAAUCAGAAAAGUUGGAAAAAUUACCAGAAACCUUAGAUGAUACUUCACCUUGGAUAUUGAAAGACAAUAUUCCCGCUCCAAUGUUACCUAAAAACCAACACAUAAAUUACUUCAUUAAUAAACAAAACAUGGACUCAAAUAUUAAGAUUGUUCAACCACCUGAUGAGAAGAACGAAACACGAGUAGCUAGAAAAGCAAAUCCCAAAGGAAACUUUCAACCGACUUUUUUAUCAACAUUCUACAUUUCACUUGUAGUCUGUGGAUUUUUCUUUGCGAUAGCAGUCUGGUGGAGAAGAUAUACAAUUAAUAAAAGAGCAAAUUUUAUAACAAUCAGUGAUACAUUACACUCAUCAACACCUCGAGAUUCUAAUAAACCACUUAUUAAUUAUUGAGUUUAAUAUUAUUAUUAAUAAAUUAUCAUAUAAA